AUGAGCACCGGUACCCACCCAUCUCUCUCCCUCGUCUCCACCUCCGACGCACCCGCCGCCGUGGGCCCGUACACGCAGGCUGUGCGCCUCGGGGACAUGCUCUUCUGCUCGGGCUCGCUCGGGCUCGACCCCGCGACGGGGAAGAUGGUCGAGGGCGGCGUCGAAGCGCAGGCCAAGCAGGCCCUCAAGAACAUGAAGGCGAUCAUCGAGGCCGGCGGGAGCGAGGUCGGGAAGGUCGUCAAGACCACGGUGUUCAUGCAGAACAUGGACGACUUCAAGGCCGUGAACGCGAUCUACGCCGACUUCUUCGGGGCCCACAAGCCCGCGCGCUCGGCCGUGCAGGUCGCGCGCCUCCCACUCGACGCGCUGUUCGAGAUCGAGGCCAUCGUGAGCCUUGCAUGA